AUGUCUAAUCCAAACACAAAACUCGGUUUCAAUUGUCCAAAGGGGGGCGACUUUUAUGUUUGCGAUACUGCAAAAAUACGUUUUCUCGGCUGCUGUGACGUCGAUCCAUGCGCCGACGGCUCUGGUCUAUGUCCUCAGCUGAACCUCAAGCCUUCUAGCUUCUCUUCAGACUACUACAAUGAGAUCAAGAAGCAGGAAUGUGUAGAUGCAAAUGCCACGACUGACUGGUGGACCUGUCAGGCAUCGCCUCCGUUUCUUGGUUGCUGCAAGUCGAACCCUUGCGAUCUGGGAGAAUGUCCAACAAAAGACUUGGAGGCAGCUCGUUUGAGCGAUGACCCGAGUGCCGCGCAGGUUUUGAUUGGAACCGCUACCACGACCUCGACGCCGACAAGCACACCAACACCCAACUCGCACGACGGUGUACAUUUAUCCACGGGCGCCAUUGUUGGAAUAGCCGUCGGUGGUGGUGUACUUCUCUUGGCACUUCUCGCUAUCUUGGUUUACAGAUGUGGGUACUUGGCGAGGCAUAGAAAGGCUCAGAAGGAGGUCGAGAAACCUCACUCUUCUAUUAACAGCCCAUUUGGAUACUCUCCCGUGUCCCCGGGCUUCUCGCAAACAUAUCAAGAUAUGCCACAAUCAGCACACAGUGUCGCGUUUCCAGAUUCGCCGCCGCCACAGGGUUAUAAUCCAUACUCUCCCAAAAGACCAUACGAUGUUCCUCCCGGAUCACCACCCUAUGAGAACAACUCGAAUCUAGGGGUGUCGGAUGCAUGGAAAAAUCAACCUCGCCACGGUUCGCAAAUGUCUUCAGCCACCUGGGACUCGAUAUCGACAGCUAUAGCACAGAGGCAUCAUCCCAUGUCGAUGGAGCUAGAUGGACAGGACACGGAAAUGCCAAGACCGGUAUCCGAAUUGCCUGGAACGGGAUUAGGAGCGAGAUGA